AUGUCCAUAAAUACUUCAAUACCUUACUAUCGCAAUUCUUCAAGGGAAAUUAAUAAGACUAUUAGAGAGAUUGUCUAAGCUGAAGCAAUUAAAAGUGCCAGAAUGUUAAGUAGAGACAAAGUCAAAGUUAAAUAAAAUACUUCAAUUGGGGAUUGUAAUCAAUAUACUAUCCUUAGUGAAUAGAAGUAAAAGAUAAGUGAAUAAUUCCUUUUAUGACAAUACAAGUAAUUCUUAAAAUGAAAAUUCUAACAUUCUUUCUGUAUAUUUAGUCAAUGCUUUUCAGGAAAAAAAAGAAAAUCUUCAAAGAAUUUAGAUGUAGGAUAUCACAAAUAAGAAUAAAUUUGAUGAAAACAAACAGAGAGAAAUCAAAUAUCUUAUGAGAAUUGCAGCUUUAGAAAAGGAAUCAUCUAAACUAACUGAAUUAGCUACUAAAUUGAAAAAAGAAAACUAAUUAUUAAAAUAAUAAAAUAAUCAAGAUUUAAUCAUAUAUCAAUUAUAAGAAGCGCUUAAUAUAUCUAAGAGUGAGAAUUCAACUCUUAAAAAACAAAUUACUCAACUUUAGAAUUCGAAUACCCCUUGCUUUAAUAAUAGUGUUUAUCGUGUUUAAAAGCACUAAACUCUUACUACAAAUCACACAGUCAAUAAUACUAAUAAUAUAUCUCAGGACAAUGUUAAAUUUAAAGAGCACAUUCCUAGUUAUUUAAUCGCUCUAAGUUUAGCUGAAUGA